AUGACAUUGCCUGGAGAAUCCCCAGCAUGGCCUGGAGAAUCCCCAGAGUGGGUUGGAGAAUCCCCAGCAUUCCUUGGAGAAUCUGCAGAGUGGGUGGGAGAAUCCCCAGCAUGGCCUGGAGAAUCCCCAGAGUGGGUUGGAGAACCCCCAGUACCCCACAAGUCCAUAGAGAGAUCAACAGAUCUCCCCAACAAUUCCAUUGUAAAUCCUCUUGCACCACCACCCACUCAGUGGAAAAAGGGUGGGGGCCACAGUGCUGGCCAGAAUGCAAAACUGAAGUCCAAUGUCACCCCACCACCCUAUGCACCUCCCAUUGUGAAUGGUACUAGCCCAGCUGAUAUGCCUCUGAAUCCUGUCCCUCAGUCUUCAAUAGCAGUAGCAACUCCUGUCUUCCACCAGCACCCCACAGACUCCCAUCACUCUGGUUUCAGUGUUCUGGCUCAACAGUCAGGUGAUAUCAUGCCUCCCAGGAUGGAACCUGACCUUCAAGUGCACAAUAAUCCCCAACUCUUACAAACUUUGGCAACCACUGAUGUUCACCACAAGAGUUCAGAGAAGCUGUCAUCAGAGGGCUCCUCAGAAGAGGAGUUGGAGUCCUCAAAUAAUAACCCAUCAGAUGCAGAGGCUAGUGAGGUCUCCAGUGAUGAGUCCAACAAAGAUGAAGACAAUGCAUUUGGACGGGGUGCAAUGAAUCUUAGGCAAUCAACUCAUCCUGGCUUCUCCCAAGAAACAAUGACAAGCAAUCCUAUUUGCCACAAUUCCUUACCCCCUGACCAUGAGUUUACAUACUCAUGUAAUGAGGAUGAUGAUGCAGCUCUGCAAAGCUUACAAUCCAAGGACAAGGCUCAGCCAGAGCUCCUUGGUGAUAUAUCUACCUGGUGUUCAGAAUUGAAGUCAGUUGUGCUGGAAACCAUGCCAUCUGUGUUCAACCUUAUCCCUCCUUCUGAUGUUGCACCAUGGGUUCAUGUACAAUGGAUAGAGACCACUGCCACAAAGCUCCUUUUCAAUUCACUUUUCCUAUUGGUUUAUCAGGGAAAAACCAGGAAUUUCACUCACCCCACCUUCAAGGAAGCUGUCAUACAAUUCUACUAUACUGGCACAUAUCAAAUCAUGGAUAAGAAUCCUGAGUCCUUCAGCAAUUCAGUUCCCCUUUCCUGUCUGGCUCUCAUUGCAGCCACAUAUCAUUGUGUGUUGGAUGGAUUUGUGAAGAAUGGCACAGGAAAGACAAUGCCUCAAUUCUCUGGCAAGGCUUACAAUUCCAUUUUCCAUGGCAUGAUGAAGGUGCUGAACAACAUCCUUUGCAAUCCUUAUCACAGCAUGAGGUUGUGUGAUCAGCUUUCUCAGUGGGUGAAGGAAGGAUGGGCUGCACUGCAAGAGGUUGAUAUGAAUGUAGAUAGGUACCAGCUCAUUCAGGCAGUCCUUGAUUGA